AUGGAUGUGGCUAAAUACGAGAGCGACACAUAUUCCGACAAAGAUACCUACGAGGAUGAUGCGAACAACGAACAGCCCAGCUUACAGUUCGUUUCGAAGACGCCAUUAGAAGAUCACAGAGUGAUGCAAAGAACUCUUAAAGAACUAAUGGCUCUAUUGGACUCUGGCAACCUCGUCUUAGACCCCGAUUACCAGCGGCAGGUGGUCUGGGAGACAGUAAGAAUGACUGGACUGAUUGACUCGCUCCUCGAAAACUUCUACGUGCCACCAAUCAUUUUUCACAAGACCCGUGAGCAAGAUGCCGAGGGCCGACCAAAGUGGACACGAGUCUGUGUAGAUGGGAAGCAACGCCUUUCCUCGAUCAUGGCAUUUGUAGAUGGGAACAUCCCUUGUCAUGACAACGCUGGGGCAACUUGGUACUUCCAGACAACCAGCAGACAUCGUACCUUACGUGUGCUUCCUGACCAUGUCAAGAAAGCGUUCAUGGACAAAAAAUUGAUAUGCUGCGAGUACACGAAACUCCUCCCAGAACAAGAAGAAGACUUGUUUGCGCGAGUCCAGAAGGGUAUUCAGCUCUCCACCGCGGAGAGACUGAGAGCUACGACCGGCCCAUGGCAGACUUAUGCCAAGGCGUUUGAAGAAGACUUCCCUGAAGUCAUAAAGCUGGCACGAAGCCAGCGUUCCUCUGGGUUCAGACAUACACUCCUCUGUUUCGCCCAGAUUCUUGAAGUGCUGUAUCCCAGCUCGCCCGACGGCAAGCCGAAGUUCGUCAACCCUCUCACAGGCGUCAUGAGUCUUAUGAAAAACCACUCCGCUUUUGAUGCUCAAUCUAAGGCACACUUUUUCCGAGUGUUCACGACGUUCAAGGAAUUGGUGGCCCAGGAACCACAAGCCUUCCGGAACAAUGGUUAUGUGCAUAGCAAGGUUUUUGCGCCUGUCGAGCUCAUCUCCUGUGCCGUUCUUAUUUUUAUGUACGGCGAGACUCGAAGUAACUCUCUUCUGUUGGGCGAUAUUCGGUUUUUGCGUUGUACCCUCCGACAGGAGCUACAAGAUUUGAGAUUGAAUAAGGCGAACUGGGAAGUUGUAUGGAAAUUCCUCGAAGGUCUCCCAGACUUGAAAGGG